CUCUAGAAAGUUCCAAGCAAGGCCUCAAUCUACUACACCAUUUCAAGUGAAAAAUGUCUAUUGUAGCAGAAGCUCCCGGUUUCAUUCAGGUCUUUUCUGAUGGUUCUGUGAAACGCUUUGAACAUGAAAUAGCACCUGCCUCUCAAGAAUCAGCUGGUGGAUACAAGUCUAAGGAUGUGACCAUUGACCCAUCAAAACCAAUAACUGGUAGGAUUUUCCUUCCUGAUACCCCAGGAUCCUCCACCCUGCUUCCAAUUCUUGUUUAUUUUCAUGGUGGUGGGUUUUGUAUUGGCUCAACCACAUGGCUUGGCUACCAUCAUUUCCUAGGAGAUUUAUCUGUUGUGUCACAAUCCAUUGUCCUUUCUAUUGACUACCGUUUGGCACCUGAACACCGCCUCCCUGUAGCUUAUGAUGAUUGUUAUAGCUCUCUGGAAUGGCUAUGUAGCCAAGUUACUAGUGAACCAUGGUUCAAGCAAGCUGAUCAUUCUCAUGUCUUUCUCUCUGGAGACAGUGCUGGAGGGAACAUUGUGCAUCAGGUUGCUAUUAAAGCAAUGAGGAACAAUGAUUUACAUGUUAAGAUUAAAGGAUUAUUGUUGAUACAUCCUUAUUUUGGCAGUGAAGAAAGGACUGAUAGAGAAGGGGCUGAUAGUGCAGCUGGCUAUGUUGCAAUGAAUGACAUGUUUUGGAGACUAAGCAUACCUGAUUGGUCAAAUCGUGAUUACUUUGGAUGUAACUUUGAGAAGCAAGAGGUGUCUGAAGCUGAAUGGAGAGAGUUUCCUGCUGUGGUGGUUUAUGUUGCUGGCUUGGAUUUCUUGAAGGAAAGAGGAACGAUGUACACUAAGUUUUUGCAGAGGAAAGAAGUGAAGAAGGUGAAACUUGUGGAAACGGAGAGGGAGAGUCAUGUCUUUCAUGUGUUUUAUCCCAAAUCUGAGGCAACUCGUUUGCUCCAGCGACAGAUGAGCGAGUUCAUGAAAGACAACUAACUUCUUGGCUGGCUAGUCACUAUUGUAGGCAGAUUAAUGCUGUUAGCUUCUGAAUAAAUCAUAGAAACUGAAGCAUAAGUAAUCUACUAUGCUGGACAUUAGUGAAUAGUGACCUCGUUAUAGAAAUGCCCAUAAACGGUGAUAACAUUGUCUGCAUCGAAGCUUAAUCAAUGGGCAUGAGAAUUGAGAAGGGAUGAGCAAACAUCAAAUUCUGAAAAUAUUGAACUAAGUCAAUAUAAUGUUGGUGGUUAUUAUACAGUUGGGCAGCCCCCAUUAGAUGACUUCCUAUGUAUAUACAGGAAAACAUCUCACUCCGAACCUCUGAAGGCAGUCUAGGGCCGCUGCUAACAUUUGUAUUUGGCAUUCAUUUUCGAACUUCAACAUGAUCAAGGCAAUCCUAGUCAUCGUCAGUGCUCAUAAAACCCCCAAUGAAGCCAGCACCAUUGCAAUUCUACAAAACAUCUCCUUCUCGCCACUGUCAAAAAACAUACCUAGCAAGUGAUUCAAGGAUGCGAAAAGCUCAAUACAGAAGGCUGAAAGACCCCUUAGUUUUUCCUAUACAC